AUGAAUGACAAGAGAAUAAUUUAUGAAGGAUACGGUAACAACUUUUACGGUGCAGCAUGUGAGCAGAUAUUUGAUUUGGAUCUAACAAAUGUGUCAAGAAGAAUUAGACGUUUGAGUACAGGACUUGGAGCUGCUCGAUCACCCAUAUUCAUAUCUGAUUAUGAUGCACUGUACUCCAGCAAUAUAGUUACCGCUGAUCGUUCCGUUUUGAACAGUUGCCCGCGUGGGGCUUGCACCCGUGUGAAACAACCAUGGGCAAAGAAAAUAUGCAAGAAAUCACUUGUUCUGGACCUUUAUCCUGACUUCGAAAUUAUUAAAGUAAAUAAAUUUGGCAAUUUCGUCCGUCGCUUAACAGACACCUCAGGUUAUCAUGGGGAUAUCAGUUUAUCACCGGAUAAAAAAAAAAUGGUAUUCACGUCAACAAGAAGAGGUGAUGCAAAUCUAUGGAUUAUGAAUAUCGAUGGGGGAAAUCUAAAACAAAUCACAGAUAUACUUGGAUAUGAAGGUGGCGCUAAAUUCAGCCUUGAUGGAAAAUUUAUUGUUUUUCACGCUUCACGUCCGAAAUCAAGAACUGAACGUGCUCACUACGGAUUGUUAUUAAAUCAAUACCAUGCAGUUGAACUGAGGGAUACACAGAUAUUUUUAAUGAACAGUGACGGAACUAAUAUAAGUCAGUUGACAACAGGGAAUACAAAUUUAUGGCCUCAAUUUAUAAGUAGCGAGAAAAUUCUUUUUGCUCGGAAUAGUGUGGCCAAAAAGAAAAUGUUUAAUAUUUUCCUUAUAAACGUUGAUGGGAGUGGAUUAAAACAGAUCACUGCAGAUGACGAUUAUACAAAUGUUUAUCCAGUUACUUCGCAUGAUCGAACUAAAUUGUUGUGGAGUAGAAACGAGGCUGAGAGUAAGGAUAUGAACUUGUUUCUCACUGACUUACAUCCUUUUAACUCUAUGCCUGAUAGCUUUAAUUUCUUCUUCAUUUUUGAGCUGUUUCCUACUAAUUUAUUAGCAAAUGCAUUGAGUUUUAUCACUGAUAAGCUAUUUACUUGA